AUGUCCGGAAAAGCAGGCCUGAGUCGAAACUUGGCGCGUAUGCUUGCGCCAGUGUACUGCCAGCCGAAGGGCCUAGGGGGACUUGGCGCGUUGGCCCGUCGAUUCCAUCGGUAUCAGAGCUGGCGGCACCUGGCAAGCCUUGGACGGGAGAUCAGUGAUGCCCCGCGCAUCGCGUGGUCUUUCUGGGACAAGGGGAAGGACAAGCUGCCAGACUUCCGGCGCCUGUGUAUGGAAACCUGGGCCGUGCAAAAUCCGCAUUGGAAGAUAGUGGUGCUGGACCAAAGCAAUGUCCAUGAGUACCUUGAGCCAAAGGAGCUCCCAAGACUCUGGCCAGAGAUGUAUGUUCCCUGGCAAGCCGAUGCAGUGAGGCUCGCCUUGCUUGUCAAGUACGGCGGCUUGUGGAUUGAUGCCUCGACCAUUUGCUUCCAGCCCUUUGACAAGUGGAUGUACAACACCAUCUCCUCUGAAAGGGCUGCUGAGGACAUCGGCGCGUUCUAUUUCUCAGCAUGGGGGUGUGAGAUGCACAAAAGCAAGGAGUUCGUGGAGAACUGGGUCAUGGCUGCUCGCCGCCAACAUCCCAUGCUUGUGGCCUGGAAAGCUUUGUUCAACGGGUAUUGGGACAGCAAGACAAGGGCUGAUGCAAUGUCCAUGUUCCUCGACCCACCAGGGGUCCCGGAUCAUCCGCUAUUCCAGAACGUCGACCUGAGCCAUUUGAAGCGCUUCGGGCAGGAUCUCCGCAACUAUCUCCUUAUGCACGCGGCAUUCAAGAAGCUCAUUGAUCAAUACCCAGAGUUCCGGCGAAUCUGGAAAGAGGAGAUGGUAUUGAUCCGGGCUGAUGACACGGCUUUUUGGCACAUGGAGGAGCCAGAUGUCAAGUGGGAUCCGCAGGCGGCUCUGCGCAAGUGGCGUGGGCCACUGGAUCCACAGUGGCUGGACUACGUGGUGACAUGCCCAGUAUUGAAGUUCACAAGGGACACGGCUACGCUGCUGGAUGAGGUACCUGGUCAAGCGUGCUUGCAGGCUGGAACUUGUUUGGGUGAGGCCUUCCGUGCUGCCCUGACCCCACGAACCGAUUGA